CUAGCUCGGAGCCUCGUUCAGCUGCCGUUGCCAGCGGAGUGGAAUUAGGUUGGAGAGAUGCUGCCGCUGCGGCUCUAGUUGUGAAUGGGACUUGUCUGCCCGCCUUCCUCCAGAGGUGACCCGGGGAGAAGCGUCCACCGGACUCGCAGGUAUCCUUCAAGAGGUUUUGACUUAGAGUGGCCACCAACCCUGCUCAUGCACCCUGCUCAUUCAUUCGCCCAAGUGCAUUUGGAAGGACCUACCUUGCAGAAAGCUGAUAAGUGGCUGUAACAGCAUUAUGGCAAUCCUUAAUACCCAGCACAUAGACAGUUGGGAGAUGCUGUGCACAGUACGACUGAACUAGAAAAACAAAAAACAAAAACUUUCCCUGGCAGUGCAGACCUGCUGAAAUGAGUGGAAUAUGCUUCUUCAGUUGGCAACAGCUUUCCAAUGGAUGAAGGAAUAAUUUAGAAGUCCAUACAGAAUUAAAGUUAUGUGGUUAAGGAACCACAACAUUUCAGUGACGGAUUGCUACAUCUGAAAUUUCUAAAGGAUUAUAUUAUUCCCUUUUUACUCUUCUGGUGGACCUGAAAGAGAAAGUGUUAGAUUUGGAAAAACGCUGGUGCCUAUACAUUAACCAAAAAUGAAGGACAAAAACUAUAUGCAUGCUGCCCUUAUAUGCCUGGGAAUGUUAUGCUACAGCCUUGCCAUGGUGACAGAAAAACUGAACUAUCCAAGGUCAUCACUCCAUGGUCACCACGAAAAAGGAAAGGAAGGGCAAGUUCUCCACCGUUCAAAAAGAGGAUGGGUUUGGAAUCAGUUCUUUGUAAUAGAGGAAUAUACAGGACCGGAUCCUGUGCUGGUGGGCAGGCUUCAUUCCGAUAUUGAUUCUGGUGAUGGGAACAUCAAAUACAUUCUCUCAGGUGAAGGAGCAGGCAUCAUUUUUGUUAUUGAUGACAAAUCAGGGAAUAUCCAUGCAACAAAGACACUGGAUCGGGAAGAAAGAGCUCAAUACACAUUAACAGCCCAGGCUGUGGACAGGAAUACCAACCGACCCCUGGAACCACCCUCAGAAUUCAUUGUGAAAGUUCAAGAUAUCAAUGACAACCCUCCAGAAUUCUUACAAGAAAAUUACCAUGCCAAUGUACCAGAGAGGUCCAAUGUAGGCACAUCUGUUAUUCAGGUGACUGCCUCCGAUGCUGAUGACCCAACUUAUGGAAACAGUGCCAAACUAGUAUACAGCAUUCUUGAAGGUCAGCCGUACUUCUCUGUGGAAGCCCAAACAGGUAUUAUUCGAACUGCUCUUCCCAACAUGGACCGAGAAGCAAAAGAAGAAUAUCAUGUCGUCAUACAAGCAAAGGACAUGGGAGGACACAUGGGAGGACUCUCAGGGACAACCAAAGUGACCAUUACACUUACCGAUGUCAAUGACAACCCACCGAAGUUCCCACAGAGUGUUUACCAGAUGUCUAUAUCAGAAGCAUCUAUCCCAGGGGAGGAAGCUGGAAGAGUGAAGGCCAAAGAUCCAGAUAUUGGAGAAAAUGGCCUAGUAACUUACAACAUUAUUGAUGGAGAUGGAAUAGAGAUGUUUGAAAUUACAACAGAUUAUGAGACUCAGGAAGGGGUCGUGAAGCUUAAGAAGCAUGUUGAUUAUGAAACCAAAAGGACCUACAGUCUGAAGGUAGAGGCAGCCAAUGUACAUAUUGACCCAAAGUUCAUCAGCAAUGGACCAUUCAAGGAUACUGUAACUGUGAAAAUUAACGUGGAGGAUGCUGAUGAGCCACCAGUGUUUUUAGCACCAACUUACAUUUUUGAAGUGGAAGAGAAUGCAAGCCCUGAUGCUCCAGUUGGAAGGGUUCAUGCCAAAGACCCUGAUGCUAAAAACAGCCCUAUCAGAUAUUCAAUUGAUCGUCACACUGACCUCGACAGAUAUUUCAGCAUCAGCCCAGAAGAUGGUUCAAUUGUGACCACAAAAAAACUGGAUAGGGAAGAAAUGGCCUGGCAUAAUAUAUCUGUAUUAGCAUCAGAAGUCCAUAACCGGCACCAGGAAGCCAAAGUUCCAGUUGCUAUCAAGGUCCUUGAUGUAAAUGACAAUGCCCCAAAAUUCCCAACACCCUAUGAAACACGAAUAUGUGAAAAAACACAGACCAUUGAGCCAUUAAUUACAAUUACUGCAGAAGACAAAGAUGAUACAGCCAAUGGCCCGAGAUUUAUCUUCGGUUUGCCACCAGAAAUGUUGCAGAAACCUAAUUUCACUCUUCGAGACAAUCGAGAUAACACGGCAGGUAUUUACGCUAAACGCACAAGCUUCAAUCGACAGAUGCAAGAUUUCUACAUUUUGCCUAUUGUGAUAAGCGACGGUGGCAGCCCUCCACAAAGCAGCACCAACACACUCACCAUUAGGAUUUGUGGCUGUGACAGAAAAGGUGAAAUGGUCUCCUGCAACCCAGAAGCCUACACCCUGAAUGCUGGACUCAGUACUGGGGCCUUAAUUGCAAUCCUUGCCUGCAUUGUGAUUUUACUAGUGAUUGUAGUGUUAUUUGUAACACUAAAACGGCAAAAGAAAGAACCUCUCAUUGUUUUUGAAGAAGAAGAUGUACGAGAAAAUAUUAUUACUUAUGAUGAUGAAGGUGGUGGGGAAGAAGAUACAGAAGCUUUUGACAUUGCUACUUUGCAAAACCCAGAUGGCAUCAAUGGAUUUAUUCCUCGAAAAGACAUAAAGCCAGAAUACCAAUACUUGCCACGACCAGGGCUUCGGCCAGCUUCAAACAGUGUUGAUGUUGAUGACUUUAUCAACACGAGAAUACAAGAAGCAGAUAAUGACCCGACAGCUCCUCCAUAUGACUCCAUCCAGAUCUACGGCUAUGAAGGAAGAGGCUCAGUGGCUGGUUCACUUAGCUCAUUAGAGUCAGCAACAACAGAUUCUGAUUUGGAUUAUGACUAUCUACAAAACUGGGGACCUCGUUUUAAGAAACUAGCAGACUUAUAUGGCUCCAAAGACACUUUUGAAGAUGAUUCUUAACAAUAAAGUUACAAAUUUGGCCUUAAGAACUGUCUCUAAUGUUCUGGAAAAAAAUUCAGAGGAAAUGUAAGCAGGUAUUUUUUAAAAUAAAAUAAGGAAAGGCUCAUACAAAGCAUUUAGAUUUGGGAGAGGGACUCCUUUAAUUAAAAUGGACAAAAAGUGGUAAAUACUGUGAAGUUCCUUUUCAUGCAAAAGGCAGAGAUAGGAGUUGAUUAUCAACUUCACUAGAAGUGGGGGGUGGGCAAAUGGGGGAAUGACCACUUGUGAAAUACAAAUAUUUAAGAGAAGGGAAAUUCUAAAAGUCAUCCUAGAAUU